GUUAGGCAGGGGUGGGAUGUUUUGUUAACUCUUCAGGUUUCAUGGUUGUUGUUAAAAAUAUGAGGCUAUUGUAACGGUGAGGAAAAGAACCAUUUAAGAGAAUGGGGAACACUGGCAGUGGUGCCUUGGAUACAUAUCUAUCACGUUUUACUCUAGAUGAACAAAUUUCUAUCAAUGGAUUGUUUGAUAAAUUGCUGAAGAUGGAGGGUGGUUCAUCAAAUGGCAAAAAGGCUAUAACUGCUACAAUGCUAAAGGGCUACUUGCAAGAAGCACUUCCUGAUGCUAUUACCAUUCAACUUUUCAAUGCCAUGCGAAAUCUGGACCCAUCAGAAAAAGGGUCUCCUGCAAGUCUUCAUAUCUGUAAAGAACAGCUGAUCAUAUUCCUUUCAUACAUACUGAGAGGAAAUACACAUGAAAAGGCAAUGUUAGUUCUGUCCAUGAUUACAGGAAGCAAAGAGCAACAUGUGAAGGGGGGGCAAAUAUUAGAGUUUACAGAGACUUUGAUAUCCUCAGUACUUCAUCUGUUGAAGCACAGGGACUUGUUGAAAGGAUGGUGUUUGGAUGGGACCAGGGACAUCACAGAAGGAGUGAAGCUCAUGGCUGUACACUUAACAUCAGAACUAAAACUAGCAGGUGAAACGGUACCAAUGGAAAAACUGCUUGAGGCACAGUGUGAUCUGGAUACUAUUGAUGACUUCCUUUAUCGAGUAUCUAUCAUCUCCACCUUACUGAAUCUUCUGAUACGUGAAGGACUGAGCAUUCCCAUGGCUUAUGACGAAAGUGUUUCUAUAUUGCCACAAUGCAAAGACGUUAACUGGGUGCAACUUCGGAGUAUUUUGGACUUGCCAUCUGUCAUGUACCUCAACUCACAGUUACCAGCAGAGGUUCAGCACCAGUGGCGUUUGCUCUUUUCAACUAAGCUUCAUGGUGAAAGCUUCUCUCGUCUCAGUGGAAGGAUAAUCCGAAAGGGUCCUACAGUAGUGGUUGUGAAAGACCAGAAAAAACAUAUUUUUGGAGGAUUUGCAUCACACAGCUGGGAAUUCAAGCCACAAUUCCAAGGUAGCAACAGAUGCAUGUUGUUUUCUAUUUAUCCCAUUUUGUCUGUGUACACAUGCACUGGCUAUAAUGACCACUUCAUGUAUUUGAACCAAGGUCAAAAGACAAUGCCUAAUGGCUUGGGCAUGGGUGGCCAGCAUGAUUACUUUGGAUUAUGGAUUGACUGUGAUUUUGGGAAAGGGCACAGCAAAGCCAAGCCACGGUGCACCACUUUCAAUAGCCCCCAGCUCUCUGCUGAAGAAGACUUCAUCAUAGAUACUGUGGAGGUGUGGGCAGUUGGAGAGCCGCCGGAUGAGUCGCAGAUUAAAACAAAGAGCAUUUUAGAUGCAGACCCAGAAGCACAGGCUUUGCUGGAAAUGGUUGGAAAACCCCAACAGAGUGUUGGACUCCGAGAGCCAGAGAAAGAAGAAGAGGAGGAUGGGAAAUAAGAGGGACUGUCUUUAAUCUCUUGGUAUCCAAAAUGAAGCAAGUGACAAGUGCUGGGUUACUGUGAUAUUUCCAUUGUAUUCUUUCUCAGAUGUGUCCUUCUGCUGUGCAAUACAGAGCAGCACCAGUGAUGGAAGCAGAGAUUAUGAAUGUCCUGCUAUACCUAAUAGGUUUGCUGCUAUUUUCUUUCCAGUUACACUACAUAAAGUGAAUGGCUUCUUCUUUGGGGAUGCUGGAGAAAUACUCUUGUAAAAGUCAACAUUUGUUAUAAUUUUUUUUUUAUAUUGACAUGAGUUUGCACUACAGUGUUAUGUUACUGUUGUAGCUCAAGCUAUUACACCUCUCAGUAGGGGAAUUUUAACAGUCGGGUUCUGUGGGGUUUAUUUGCCACUUAAAUAAAAGUUACACGUACAUUCAGGUAUCUACUAGCAGUACAGCACAAAAUCUCUGGGAAAAUAAUUGCAGAUUUGCAGUAAUAACUACAGUAUAACAUUUUGUAUUUAUGUCUUUUUGGGAAUACAGUAACAAACUUUUCCUACACUUAAAUAAAUAAUAUCUGGUUAACCAAAUUAGAUAUGAAAUACUAAAUCUCUAUGAUUAAUACUUUUAUAUUGGUAAAAUAUCAGAAUUCACUUUGGGUUAUUCAGUUGGUUGAAUUACCAAUCAGUUUUUUCUGUUCUAGAGUCACAAACGGAAACCUGUUGUGUACAACAGCCUCUAAAGUCUUCUGCUCAUCUUAACUUUCAGGGAAAUAUGCAGUGCAUUUAUAGAUCAAAAUAAAAUAAUUUUUAAAUAUCUAUACAUGUGAUGAUGCACUUUUCAAGGAAAUGCACUGUUGGUUGGACUGCUUGACACUUUCAGCUGGUAUGUUCUUCAGACUUCAAAGUAAUGAUUUUAAGAUUAAAACUAAGAUCAAGGAAUUGCUCAAUACUCUUCAAAACAUUUAAUUAUGUAGCUUUAUUCCUUUGUAAUAUUUUUUGAGAAUCUUAUUUGUUGUAAAGUGCAACAAUGAUUUUAAAAAUUAGAAUAUAAAUUUUGGAAAGCAUUUUUUUUAUUUUUAUGUCUUCACGAUUAAAUUUUUAUGAUCCAUAUUUUCAAGUGACACCCCAGCCUUGUUAUUUUGUUUCAUUGUGUUAUUUAUACAAUAAUUGGUUAUAGAAAGAGGCAAUAAAAAUAAGACUGAUAAGAAUCACACAUGAGUUUAAAUUUUAUUUU